CGGGGCUGGGUAGAGACGGAGGCCUCGGCGCGCUCUCUCGGGCUGAGGGAAGGAGGCCACGGGGGUGGUGGGGGGGUGGUGGAGGACAAAGGCCGCGCGAUGUUGGACGACCUCGACCGGCUUCUCGACGAGGCCGAGACCGCGGCGUCGUCGGCGGCGGCGACGGCGGCGCCGGGGCCAGACAAGAAGGUUAAAAAGAAGAAAGAUGAAGACAACAUAGAGGCCCUCCUGGAAGAGCUCUUAGAAGUGGAAGAUAAGCCAAUGCCUAAAGCCUGCAGAGCUGCCCGUGUUCCUCUGGCACAGGUGGCCCAUGUGGACCCAACCAAAGAAGCUACGAGGAGCUCUGCAAGCAGGUGCUGCCCCGUUUAUCUGGGGGGAAGCAAGCUUCCAUGCGGACUGGGAACUACCAUUUCAUGCAGGGCAUGUGACAGGCUGCACUGCACAGUGUGUGACUUCCGCGUGGUGACAUUUGACAACAUGGAGUGGCAUCACUCGUGUGACUACCUCUUCUUUCGUAACAACAUGCCGGACGUGGAAAAGCUGCGAGCGAGACUGGUGCGGCGCUUGGGCACGCGGGCGUACGCCUGCCAGUGCAGCUGGCGUUCCGUGCAGGAGCCCACCGAGCCAGGAUCCAACCUGCGCUGGGUGUGCAGUAAGCAUGGCCCGAGCUCGUGAAGGGUCCCCCCCCCCCCGCCAUGGGUAACGGCGACAGGAUUAGACUCUGUCCUAAGUGUGUGUAUAUAAAACUAAAGAGUGCUGUAUUGCCAGGAAACGUAUUUCCCUCUUUGUAAAUGAAGUGUAGUAUCUUCGUCUUCUUUUGGGCUCUGGUCUAGUGUAUAUUGUAGUUUUGUGUAAAUAGGAUUCUCACUUUUCUGAGUGGUUUUGCUGCUCAGCAGGCUGGCUACCUGAUUUACAAACCAUGGCAAUAGUUGUAAAUAUUUUGUUUGGUUCUAUUAAGUCAAUCGGGACUGGUGGCACACAGAUUUGAAGGUACAGUUGGAAAGGUUGAGAGUUAAAAUCCCGACUAGGGUCGACUCAGCCCUGUGACCAUCGGGGCUCCAUCGAAUGAAUACCGCUAUGUAAGUUUCACCCCUGCCAAAGGAAUGCAGAAUUUAUACCACUGGUUCAGGGCUCUAACAGAAGGUGAAUGGCAAGCCCAUGCUCAUAUGAGCAUCAAAUUAUUAUUACUUUUUCCACACGCUUCAGCCUUGAGUCUUGGUUACGAUGUAGUCAUUGCAAAUAAUGAACACUUUAAGUGAUGUGCAUUGUUAACAUCUUUUUUUAUAUUUGGUGCAAUUGUGAACAACAGCCAUAUCGAACACUAGUACAUCUAAUUGGCAUAAUAAUUGGGUCACUGCAGCUCAAAGACUCACUCCUACAAGGCGUGUGGUGAAGUUAGGAGAUUCCCAUGUGCUUGGGAUUUGAAGGCUGAACACCGGAAUCAGUGAUCUCGCCGACAAUGUGUUCAGGGAGGCAGUUCCAUGUUCGGACAGCAGAGUGAAGGAAGCUUCUGUCCAGGGAGCUCGUUCUGGCAACUGGGAGUCCAAUGGGGAUGAGGUGGACUUGGGCACUCGAAAGGAUGAUGGCCGAUGGACAAGACUGGUGAUGCAGCCUAAAUAGAGAAUGCACCCAACAGGACCACCGCCGCCUAGGUGGAGCAAAGAUGGAUAAAUUGGCAUCGCAAGAUCGAGGAAUGGAGAUGCCAUGUGGGGGAGGCUUUUAUCCAGUAUUGGAUUGAUCAUAGCUGUUGACAGUGAUGAGGCUACAUACACGCAGCCUUGAUACAUUUCGAGACUACACGGUUUGCUCUUGAGGUUUGUUGGCCCACACAGCUCUAUCUUACGGCAUUGACGCACAUCAUAAUAACUAGUGAGCACUGCUGGUAGUGCUGUUCAUUAAUACAUGUUCAUAUACAGUAAUUAAUCUAAGCAGGUGUUGUAUACAAUUCUUCAAAAGCAGAAGUGUGAUCCAAAAGAAGUGCUUUCGUGUGAGUCAGCUAAUGGACGAAGAAAGGACGGAGCAUGGAUACUGAUCGUGGUGUGAUAUUUGCCAGAGGAAGAAAAUUAAAAAAAAUAUAUCUUCAAUGAGAAAUAUUUGGCAUAAGUACAUUGGGGAUCAUUAUUUUUUUUUAAACCAAAAUCUGUUUUUUUGCAGAGAAGGAUAAAUCUAAAAACGUGGCAGCAUGUAGCCGUUUUUAAGCUUCUGCCAGAGUGGAGCUUAGCCACCAGGCAACCGGGCAUUAGUCCGGUAAAUGAGCCCUGUAAUUGGGACUCCUCACACUGGCGACGACUAAUGACAAGCAAGGUAAAGGUGCAGCCUGCAAUUACCAGAGAGGCCCCCUCUCUAGCCAUAUGUGGCCUAUUCUUCCACGCUGACCAGAAUUGUUUGGAAGAGGUGGGAGUUACCCACACUUUACCCCUCCGCCACGCAACCCUUACGUUGACUGACUGUGUGUGGUAAACCCAUUUAUACUGCCGGGUGGACAGAGGGUGAUGGGGGAGAUUUAAGAAACUUGCAGCAUUGUUUGAAAAUUUCCCGCUGGUGAGAUUGAACGGGCAACCCGUGCGUGCAUUCCAACUCUGGUGCGCUAAAACUUUACACCACAGCAGCAUCUGGGCAUGGCUUAAAUCUCAACUUAAAUCGGCCAGGGGCUAAGUUAGGUUAUUCAUGGUAUCAGACGGUUCAUCUCUCAAAACCAACUUACCAGGAAGAAAUGCAGUUUCCGAGUGCGGCGCUUAUUAAAGUGUUCCGUCGAAAAAAUAAUAGUUCGUUUGACUUCAAAGAGGGAAGGGUGGGGGGGGUAUUAUGGUGUUCAGUUGUGACUUUGAGCAGGAACUUACCUUGGUUUUGUCAAAAAAACCUGCAUUAUGCAAUAUAACUGUGACGUGCAGUUUAGAAAUACGGUUGUGGUGCUCGCUGUUCUGUGUUCUGUGUGUGUGCGUGGCCUUUGAGAGUUGAGGGAUUUGUUGUUGACGGCAGGUCCGCAUUGAAUGUGAGCAAAUGUGUGAAUUGCAACUGAUUCACCACCCUGUUCUGUUGUGUAAAACAGCAGGUGGAAUCGUCCUCGUUUGCUUGUGAGCAGAAUGGAGAUCCGUUUGCAAGUGGCUCUGUGGGCAGGUUCUUUUGUUCCUUUUCCUAACGGGGUUUUGAGUUGAGUUUUUGCUUUGGCCGUGAACCAUCCGUCCUGGUGUUUAUCUGCUCACCCAACAUUCGCUAAUAAAACACAUUCUGGA